AUGGAGACUGAAUAUCUUCGUUUUCCUUUGGCCACUGUGCUUCCAGUGUUGGCCAUCUUGUCAAUCCUCGUCUCUAUUCCCCCGCUGUUUCUCCAUUCAAAGAACCACAACUUUCCCGCGAUGUCUCUGAUCUGCUGGUGCAUGGUGCUUAACCUGUUCAAUAUCAUCAAUGCUUUCCUCUGGCCCACUGACGACAUUGCUUCAUGGUGGGAUGGCACUGGCCUCUGUGAUAUCGAGGUAAAGGUUAUGGCUGGUGCCUACGUCGCCGUGUCAGGAGCUAUGAUGUGCAUCUUCCGCAGUCUUGCAAUGGUCCUAGACACCCGACGGGCCAUGCUAGUGCCUAGUAAGAGCCAGCGUUUGCAUAAUCGACUCGUGGAGUGGAUGUUCUGUGUGAUCAUUCCAUGCAUUGUCAUGAUAAUGCACAUCGUCUACCAGAAGAGCCGAUACUACAUAUUCUCCAUCUCAGGCUGCAUCAACAACUACGAUGAGAGUUGGGUCAGUCUCAUUCUCGCCUGGAUCUGGCCACCGAUCAUCUGUUUGGUCGCAGCAUACUAUUGCUGCUUGACCCUUUUCCGAUUGCAUAGAUAUUGGAGCGACUUUGAGUCCAUCCUGCGCUCAAGUAGCAGCCGCAUGAGCAAGUCUCGCUUCGUGCGUCUCUUCUGUCUUGCGUUCACCAUGCUGGUCGGUAUCCUUCCCACUCAAGGGUAUGUGGUUUACGCCGACAUUAAGCUCUCAAUGCCCUGGCACGCCUACUCCUGGAAUAAUAUGCAUGGCCCGUCCUGGCACAAGGUCAUAUUGGUCCCAUCAGGAGGCGAGGUGUUUUUCGACCGCUGGAUCCCCGUUGCCAUGGGCUUCAUCAUCUUUAUCUUCUGCGGGUUCGGCAAAGAUGCUAUGCGCACUUAUCGCAAGGUAUUCUGGCAGGUUGGCCUUGGGAAAUGCUUCAAUGUCAAGCCUCCUAUUGACUCGAAGUAUUCUCUUCCUUCUUCUGAUGGUUCCAAUCCUGCCACCCUUGCUGGAAGCACGAACAAAGCGAAACAAUUUUUCAACAAGUAUUCAAGCUCUUCUCCUCGUGUCUACAACGAUCUCGAGAAAGGUAUUUCUGGGCCAGCAUGCAAGACUCACGCUGUCAAAGCCCCGUGGUAUUAUGCUCCUGUCUCUCUUUUCCGCCCUAAGCGAGCUAUCUGUCGCGACCGGGGUCUGCUUCUCCAAUCUGUCACAUCCGACUCCGGAACUCAGACUAUUUGCACAAGUGCCUGGGCUGGAACUAGCCGUGCCAGCUCCGACUAUUCUCCGUAUUCGGCACAAGGCACUUCUCAACGAGUGGACGCUUCCAUUCACAUCAAACAGGUGAUUUGCCAACAAUCCGAGGUGCAGAUCUGA